AUGACGGUGACAGCGUCAACGAUUGCGGAAGAAAGGAAAAGGACGCCACCACGGGAUGCAGGCGCCACUCAUGAAUUCCGAAUCGACAACACGGACCACAUAAUUGACGUGAACCGUGGGAACAUUCCAUACGAGUAUGACCAGGUGAACCUCGUCUGUCCGUCCUACUCACCUUCUACACCGGAGGAAGAAGCCGAAAAGUACAUCAUUUACAACGUGUCGAAAGAGGAAUACGACACGUGUCGAAUCACGAACCCAAACCCGCGGAUCAUCGCCGUCUCGACAUCUAGCCGGGAGGACUUGCACCGCAGAAUCGGAGGACGCUGCAAGACGAGCAACAUGAGGAUCGUGUUCAAGGUUUGCUGUAAACCUGGUGAAGAGGAUGGAAAUCAAGUGCAAAUUAAACGACCGAGUUCCAAGGAAGAGGCAUCCCUUGCUACAAGUGCGAAGAACGGCACGAGUUCCGAGUCGUCAGCCAGCCGGGGACCCUCGGAGACAUUCUCGUCCUCUGACCUGGGUUCCAACAACGUGGACCGGGUCAAAGGUGGCGACCAGCAACAGCAGCAGACGCAGGUCGAGCAAGGUCAAGAGCAUCGGCACCAACACCGACACGAGGACAACAAAACGCAUCUCGCUGACGAACUGGCCAGGAGUCCGACACUCAGCGAGACCAGUCAGCGUUGGGGGCCGCCCAGGGUGCUGACGACGCGUCGUCCGGGUCAGAAGCACUUUGACAAUGACGAUGCCGGCGGUGGCGGCGGUGGUGUCGACAAUGGAAGGUCGCCCGUCAGCGGCAGCAAUGACGACAAUGCGCCUGUCGACUUUUUUGCACCGUCUGCGACAACUGAGACGACGAGCAAGAACAAGAACUUUGGUUACCCCAUCUUCAGCGUCAAAGCGACCAACAAGAAGAAUGAUGUGAAGUACGACAGAACGGGCAACGAAAUCGUGAAAGAAGAGCUACAAAGCAGAGGCAUUCGACAAGAAUGGAGCCUCGCGACUCAGCUGGCAAUGUCAUUGCUGAUCUGCUUAAUCCUGCCUCGUCUCGUGUUCCGGUGAAAAAUCCCCAUGUCUUUGCCCGGGGGCAAAGAAUCCUUUGAUGGAACUUUACCAGCGAAUAGAGCUGCCUGUGCAACCGCCAUCGAACCCCCAAGGAUCCCUCACUCACACGGAAAUGAUCAAUCAAUCAGUCGAGCAAUCAGUCAGUUAAGGCGUGAGGUCAAGCCAGAACGCCUGGGUUUUCACCAGCGAGGCGGUGUUUUUUUUAUAUUGUGAUAUUUGCUGAGUGGAAUUCUCUCGCUCUCUCUCUCUCUUUUUUUUUAAAUCUCGGAGCAGAGAGAAUUUCUUUUCCCGAGUUCAAGAACCAAAGCACGUUUCUCCCGAGAAUAAAUGGACGAAUCCAACUGCGUGUUGAUUUCAAGUACCGGCGUGGACCAGAAAAGUCACUCCAAGAAAAAGGAUCGAGCUUCGGUAUGGGGAAAAUUGCUUUGGUUUCUUUUCUCUCUUUUUUUUGCGAACAAAAACUCUCAGCUGCGAGAUCUUUUCGGAGGGAGAAGAAUUGAAGGAAUGACGAGGAUCGUUGAACAAUUCGGUGUCAAUGAGCAUGUGUUGAGUGUGUUACUGUUCGAUGUUGCAUCCAUUGAAUGUAACAUGCGUAUAAUGCACGUGAUAUGUAGAGGACUAAUGGGAAAAAGCUCGGCGUUUUUUUUUUGUGCCAGGAGCCAAGUGUGGAGCUGCUCAUUCGUGGUGGCUCGACUUGUCCCCUGUGUUGUGUACCAGGUUACUGUCAUUUUUGGGAUCAAUUCGUCGCUUCGCUCGCUGGUAAAAGAGAAUUUUGUCGCCUCCGCGUGGUUCCUCGUCAGUGAGCGAAUCCACGGUGAGCUGCUUUGAUACAAGCUGUGAUAGCCAUUUUGUUUUUUACUCCAAGAAAUAAGUGUUACAAUCGUGUCCCUUGCAAACGUCGGCAGGCUGAAAGAAGAAAGGAUUUUACCCUCUCUUUUACUUUUUUUUAUUUUCCGUCAAAAGUUUCUCAUGAGAGAAAACCUUGAAACUCACCAGCGAAAAUAAUCAAUGGACUUUUUAUCACCCCCCUUUUUAUUGUUCUAUCGAUCGGGAAUUACAUUUCAUCCAAUUUCCUCCGAAUGAAAAAUGGAUUCCUUGACUUUUUUUUUUUGCCAUGUGAGGAGUUUCUGCCGGAAAUGGCGCGUGCGUGAAUUUCAUCUCGAUUAAAACCUUCCCAUUUUCCCGGGGUUUCACAUCUUUUGCCAAAAAUAUAGAAAUAGAAUAAUGGAAAACUCCUGAUGAGAAAUGAAUGAACUUGAGGUGCAGUUUGUGAAUUUGUUUUUCAACAAUAAGUUCUUUUCAUUGAAUUAGAGAGGUCCAAAAAAUUUCUCUCAUUUUUUAAGCUGUUCAUGGUGUGAUGAAAUUGUUUUACAAAUCAACAGGGAACUUUCAUGAAAAUUUAAAUGCCAUGGUUUCAAUUGCUUUCGAUGAAAAUUGGUUGGUGACUUUCAAGGACGCU